CCUGAAUCUCUAUUCCUUCUAUUCUAAACCUUCUUGUACCUCCCCAAAAUCGAUUUGUUUUCGUUGCGGGAUAAAAGGAAAAUACAGAACUAGCACAAUGUCUUCCCCUCAGCAACGGUUAUCUUCGAUCGCUAACCAGCUUGCCGGCUCUGGUGCUGCCUCUGCAAAGCAGAAGCUUUUGAGCCAGAAUCCUGAUGAUAUCGUGGUCACAUUCGCCGCCCGAACUCCCCUUACCAAGGCCAGAAAGGGCGGACUUAAAGACACUACGCUCGAUAAUCUUCUGGUCUCAUUGCUCACAUCCAUUCGUGAAAAAUCCAACUUGGACCCGAAUCUCGUCGAAGAUGUUUGCGUCGGAAACGUUCUAUGCCCCGGUUCUGCGUACGUCGCACGCUCUGCUGUAUUGGCUGCAGGAUUCCCUGUGACGGCGGCUGCUUCGGUUGCCAACCGUUUCUGUUCUUCUGGCUUGCUGGCCAUCCAGAAUAUCGCCAACCAGAUCAUCGCCGGUUCCAUUGAUGUUGGUAUCGCGGUAGGCGCGGAGAGCAUGAGCACCAACGCCGAUGGCGGUGCUCCCGAGAUGUCUUCACAGGUUACGUCGCACCCCAUCGCCUCGCAGAACUCGCAACCUAUGGGUCAAACAUCAGAGAACGUUGCCGCCCAAUUCAAUAUCUCUCGUGAACAGCACGAUCGGUUUGCGGCCAAGAGCUAUCAGAAAGCCGAGCACGCCCAGAAGUCUGGUUGGUUCGAGGAUGAGAUCGUUCCCGUUAAGACUCAGAUCAAGGACCCCAAGACUGGUGAGAUGAAGGAUAUCAUCGUUGACCGGGAUGACGGUAUCCGAUAUGGCACGACUGCUGAGUCCCUGGGCAAGAUUCGCUCCGCCUUCCCUCAAUGGAAACCCAGCGCUACCACUGGCGGAAACGCCAGCCAGAUCACCGAUGGUGCUGCAGGGCUUAUCCUCAUGAAGCGUUCGCGCGCCCAGGAACUUGGCCAGCCUAUCCUGGCCAAGUUCUGCGGCGCGACCGUUGCAGGCUUGGAGCCCAGAAUCAUGGGUAUCGGUCCGUCCAUUGCUAUCCCCAAGAUCCUGUCCAAGUUUGGGUUGUCCAAGGACGAGAUUGAUAUCUUUGAAAUCAACGAGGCUUUCGCAUCCAUGGGAACAUACUGUGUGCAGAAGCUCGGUUUGGACGAGGCCAAGGUCAACCCCCGUGGUGGUGCUAUUGCCUUCGGCCACCCCCUUGGUUGCACUGGAGCCCGUCAAGUCGUCACUGUUCUUUCAGAGCUGCGCCGACAGAACAAGAGAGUCGCAGUCACUUCGAUGUGCGUCGGAACUGUAAGUUUACACUCCUCUCAUACUCCCAGCUAAUAAUUACUCGAUGAUCUGAUUGAUAUCCUUUCCAGGGCAUGGGAAUGGCAGGAAUCUUUGUCUCCGAGCAUUGAAGUAUAAUCUGGACCUGUAAAUAGUUAUUUUAUGAC